AUGUGGAACGUACUCAAGGCUACACUCGUUGCUGCGUCGGUGGGAUUGUUGUGGGCGACCACCGCGGUAUCUGCGCCGGUGGGGAUGGUGUCGCGGGCCGAGACGUACGUCGGGUACGGCUUCUACUACUUUAUCGGCAACGCGGCGGGUGAAGAGCGGAUCUUUGCGGCUGUCAGCCAAGGCAACUCUCCCACCGCCUGGGAUCUGGUCAACGGCGGGCAGCCGAUUCUGACGUCGACGGUGGGUACGCAGGGUGUGCGCGACCCGAGCAUCGUUCGCUCCGCAGACGGGAGCAAGUUCUACCUCCUCGCGACCGACCUGAAUAUCGGGUCGGGAACAUCGUUCGGUGAAGCGGCUACGCUGGGCUCGCGCAGCAUCGUGGUGUGGGAGAGCAGCGACAAUCUGCAGAGCUGGUCCGAGCCAAGGCUGGUGGAGGUGAUUGGGAAGGAGGGUGGAAGUGCUUGGGCUCCAGAGGCACUGUACAACCCCGAGACGCAGCAGUACGAUGUCUACUUUUCGGCUCAACUCUGGGGAGAUGACGAUGAGGAGCAUACGGGAUCGUCGUACUUCCGUAUCAUGCGAUCGAGCACGACGGACUUCACCAGCUUUAGUGCGGCAGAGGUGUAUGUGGACAGGAGCGGCGAUUCGGUGCUGGAUAUGACGUUCCUCCAGACCAAUACCGGACUGUACAGGUUCAUCAAGAACGAGAACCCGACCUCGGACCCUCACCCGCUCACCGUGUACCAGGAACGCAGCGAUGGCGGUGUGGACGGAAGCUGGACCAAGGUGACGGAGAAUAUCGGGGCUGGAGUGAUUGGGGCCAACGAAGGCCCGACUGCGUUUGUGGAUAACACGGAUGCAGACAAGUCGUGGCUGUGGGUCGACGAGUACACCAACCGUGGCUACGUGGCGCUCAACUCCAACAACACCCAGCAGGGCACAUGGACUUUUGAUGCGACGGCCAACGAGCCGAGUAACCAUGCUCGUCACGGAACCAUCAUUCCGCUCACCCAGACGCAGUACGAUAACCUGCGUGCGCAGGUGUAA